AUGGAUAGAAAUUUUAUGAUGCAGUCUUAUAGACAUCAUUUCGAGUUUCCUGUUGUAUGUUUUCUAUUUCAUGUUUUCAAUCCUCCUCUUCUUCCUCCUCCUCCUCCUCCUCCUCCUCCUCCUCCUCCUACUACUACUACUACUACUACUACUACUUCUUCGUCAUCCUCGUCAUCAUCUCGAUUAACCUUUUCAUCAGUAAAGCAAAGAUGA